CCCAAACAAUGAUUUUUCGGAUUUUGAAAAUAAUAAUCGCAACAUUGAGAAACCCCAUGAAGAUGUUGCACCGCUCGAAACUUCUACAUUCUUAAGUUCUUCUUCCUUCUUUUUUCCAGCCCAAUAAAUUUUGCAGCAACAUUUCUCCCUUUGCACAGCGCUUUGAAAUCACUGUUUCAUUUCGAGGGUAAAGAAAAGGUUGAACUCAGCAAUUGAAUUUUUUUAUUCGACAUGGCUGUAGAGGCUGCAGACGCCGCCACCCCACGAUUGGCACUUGAGGAUACUGAGAUCAACUGGGACAGGUUGGAUAAGACGAGAUUUCAUGUCAUUGGAGCUAUUCUCUUCACUGUCCAGUCAGCAUUAAUACACCCUACAGCAGUUGUGAAAACGAGAAUGCAAGUAGCAGGAUCGGGAAUCUCCCAAAGUGGGUUAUCUGUUUUCAGAUACAUUAUUCGAAAUGACGGUUUUCCCGGUAUUUUUAGAGGCUUUGGCACAUCGGCUAUUGGAUCAUUGCCUGGUCGAGUUCUGGCUUUGACUUCACUUGAGAUGUCAAAGGAUAUGACUCUCAAAUAUACAGAAGGUCUGAAUAUGCCUGAAGCAACACGAAUUGGCUUUGCUAAUGGAGUUGCUGGGAUGGUUUCCAAUUUAGUUUCCUGUGUGUACUUUGUUCCUUUGGAUGUGAUAUGCCAGAGGCUAAUGGUUCAGGGACUUCCUGGAACGACAUCUUGCAGUGGUCCAUUAGAUGUUGCACGGAAUGUGAUAAAGGCCGAAGGUAUUCGUGGCAUGUUUAGAGGUUUUGGACUGACAGCUGUCACCCAAUCUCCCGCAUCCGCACUUUGGUGGGGUGCUUAUGGUGCCGCUCAACACAUCAUGUGGAGGAGUUUGGGGUACAGAGAUGAUUUGGAAAAAAAACCUUCACAUGUGGAAUUGAUUGGCGUUCAAGCCACAGCAGGAAUGGUGGCUGGUGCCUGUUCUUCAGUAAUCACUACCCCUAUAGAUACUGUCAAGACUCGACUUCAGGUUAUUGAUGAUUAUGGUGUAGGAAGACCUUCCGUGAUGAAGACAACAAAGGCUCUUCUUAAGGAGGAAGGGUGGAAAGGUUUCUACCGUGGGUUUGGCCCUCGUUUUUUAAACAUGUCCUUUUACGGAACUACAAUGAUCGUGACUUAUGAACUAAUAAAGAGGUUGUCUUUAAAGCAAGGGUGAUUAGCUCGUGAAUUUUUGUUUCUGUGAGGACUCAGACUCGGAAUUUUUGUCUAAUUUUAGCAACUUAUGUUAAUCGGCAAUUUUUUUCUGCUAUGCGGUCAGAGGCAGCACAGUAAAGGCUCUAUUGAAUAGUGAAACUGGGAAAAGGUUGCAAUGGGAAGGGACUUUGUUUAUUAUUGAUUCUCUGUUUUACUAAUUGAAGGAAAAAAAAAGAGGCAGCAUGUCUUAUUAUUCUUUUUUUAACGUUGUAUUUUAUGCAGAGACAGAAUUAUCACUUAGAACAGCUCAUGCAACAAGUGUAGUACAUAUAAAUCAGUAAAUUGUGCUAUAGCUUCUUUAUUUUUUGUUUUUCUUGGUCCAAGAUUUACAUUUUAGUUCGUCUCCGAGUGGUGUGCGAUGGAUUUUUAUUUUUGAAUUUUUGGUGAGG